GUGCGCGCGUGUGAGAUAGUUUCCAACUUCCAACCUAAAAGAGACGAAUGUCAGGCUAUUGCCAAUUGACAACAACAACAACUGCUGCUUUCGUCGAAGGAGAUAUCGCGAGUUCACGACGUCCCAACGGAUCAGGGGCACGGGCCACGGUCCGGGGUCAGAUCGAAACGGAAUAACCAUCGCUGGUCCGAUUGUGGGCCCUUGCGCGAAGAAUCUCGCCUACCUGGCCUUCCCAGCCUUGCACCCGUACCCGCACCCGUGCUGUGUCGUCGUUGGCCUUCCUCUGUGCAAAUCUGUGCCCCACUAGCCUUCGUGCCCGUACGUGUCCCCGUGGAUGCGUCCGCUGCCUUGCGGGGCUAGUUUGGGGUGCAGUUGCUGGUGCUCGUACGGUGCAAGCUGCUGGCCAACCGGGGCUCUGUGAGGGUUGCGCGAAAGAGACAACGUAGGCGACACGGAGCAGGAGAAGGCAUCAACAAACAGCAACAAUGUUCAACAACUACGGAAACGCGAUGACGACGGAUCAGUUCCGGAAGGUGGAACAGUACUCGCCCAAGUCGUCACCGCGGGCUGGCGGAGCGGGCGGCCGAUCACCCGUCGUCGCUCGCCAGGAUUCCUCCGGCACGCUCAAAACCACCAUACAGCUGGGCAAAAAUCCUUCGAUACUGCACAGUGGACCAUUUUACUUAAUGAAGGAACCACCAGGCGAAGGUGAACUGACCGGGGCCACGAAUCUGAUGGCCCACUACGGGCUGGAGCACUCGUAUAGUAAAUUUAGUGGUAAAAAGGUAAAGGAACAGCUAUCUUCAUUUCUGCCGAAUUUACCUGGCGUCAUCGAUGGACCAGGACAUCUGGAUAAUAGUUCCCUACGGAGUGUGAUCGAAAAACCACCGAUCGUGGGCAAAGAACUGCUUCCACUCACCAGCGUACAGCUAGCUGGAUUCCGCCUGCAUCCGGGACCGCUUCCGGAGCAGUACAAACUGCUGAAAACCACACCAACGAGAAAGCAUAAGAAUAAGCACAAAAAACACAAACACAAGGACGGUGUGGCACCACCUGAGCAGUCCGCGCUGGAAGCGGCCGGGCUCGACACGCACGAGAAGAAGCACAAAAAGCAGAAAAGACACGAAGACGACAAGGAGCGCAAAAAGCGGAAAAAGGAGAAGAAGCGCAAAAAACAGCGCCACAGUCCGGAACAUCCGGGUGGCGGUUCGGCUUCGGUGCCGCCGCAAACGCAGGUCUAUUAGAAAUCAAAUCACCCUAGGCAGACGGGCAGGGCAGUGUGGCGACCGGCCAUGGCCCGAAAAUCCUGCGUCCGGUCGUUGGUGUUUGGUAAUCAAAAAGCAAAAAACAAAAAAAGAACCGCGAAAUGAUCUCCGGCGCACGGUCCGGAGGUGUGGUGGGAAGCGAGUGACGAAACGUGUAACGUGCAGCUUCCGGUGGUUGCCUUGCUUAUAUGAUCGGGAUCAUCACUUCUCUCUAGUGGGCCGCAUGCAGAGCCCAAGACAAGUUCUAUAUCAUCACUGCGUCACUAACUCGUCCUUCGUAGGCAAUUCUCAACAGCUUAGCGUGCUGCUGCACGCAUAAUGCGAAGCACACUGACAGCAGUGGCCAGGCUUCACACCGAUCCCUUCACCACCAUCCACAAGUGCCACAAGAGAAGGAACGGGAACGAACCGUUACGAAUGCCAACGAAUGGAUUGGUUCCGGUGGGUCGUCCUUCUUCCAGUUCGACCUACCGAUGUCCACCACCGAGGGCCGGUGGGGAUGGAUCAGGUUUCUUCUUGGUAAAAAAUCUCUUUCACGGGAGAACUAGCGCCGGGUGGUGUACGCGCUACGCUCUCGAGGUAUGAAUAUAGAUAGUUUAUAGGUUUGUUUUGUUGAAUAUGUUACGAACUUCAGCCCAAAACCUUCCCUGGGGUGGAAAACCUUCUCCUCGCCAAAAAACUCCAUUGAUCGGUCGGUGACAGUGCUAAGACCACUGCGCCAUGGACCUCUUGCGACCCCUUCCGGUUUCUUCAAACUCAAAACAAUCCUCUGCCCCUGGCACGGCCGCGUUCCAACAUAUAGCAUAUACAAUUUCGUUUGUUUACUGUAAAUUACUCUGUAAGAAGUGCAACAUAAAGAAAACCACUAGCUAAUAAGGACCUGUCGGAAGAGUGUGUAUUAGCGGGAAGCGGCGAAGCGAAGCGAACGGAAACGGUUCUGGUCCAUCGUCGGCCCAACGCGGUGAAGGAUACUCUGGGCCAAUGGACGUGUGUCGCAAGCACAGGACCGCGCUGUGGUUGCAAUAUCAGGUGCCUGGACGGAACUAAAUCAAUCUGUAACUAUGUAUAGCGAGAGAGGGAGAGCGAGGGGGAAUGGCGCAUGAAUACGUAAGAAUGAAAGCGAAAAGACGAGAGCCCCAGUCCCUGUGCCCCUGGAAGACCCCACCGAACGUUGGUCCGAAGUGGUGGAGGACAACCUGCUGAACGGGGACCGGAGCCAGCGGAUAGUAUAAAGGGGCAAAGGCAAGACACACACACGGAAUGUGUGUGUGUCCAGGAAACGAUGACAAGGACGACGAUAGCAACCGAUGGAUCAAAUGAAAAGAGCGGACAAGCAAGCAAAAAUACCACAAAACCAAUGUUACAAAUUAGGGACAAAAACAUAUUUCUAGUGAAAGCAAAAAGGCAAAUUGAGAGAAAACAAAGAAACAACACCCGAUACAUCAAUUUACACACACACAAAUGCCUCCUAAACUACAACAAUUACAUACACACACAGCCCCCGUUUGUAUUUAUAAUCUUAUAAUGCGCGAAAUUAUUUAAUUUUUAUUAUUUCAAUAUAUUU